AUGGCAUUAUUUAAGAGCUUCCAGCAAAGUCUACCCUCCAUGUCUGCAAUGUUGGAUUCGGUGACAGAAAAGGUAGAUGACUUUGCUUAUGCACUGAGUGAUGUCACGUACACGGUGACCGGGGAACUGGCCGAACAGGUCAACACCAUCAUUCACAAAGUUCAGGCCGAGGAGCUGAAGUGGAUUCGUAAGAAAGAGGCAGCAGAGAAGAAAGUUGUAGCACGUCAGGCCCAGGAGAGAGAUCUUUAUCAGGGUAAGGCAGAAAUCCAGGCCCAGGCUUUACCUUACGUAAUGAAGGGCCAAGAGCCACACACUACAGGCAAUGACACUGUUUCAUUACACUCCUCUAAGACUUUCUCUACAGAAAGUGACCUCUCACAAACUCCUGACACUCUUAAUGGAAACAAGUUUAAGUCACAACAACAUGAUGCUUUUUCACCCUCUGUUGAGGGGAAAUUUGGACUCCAAAAAAAUGGCUCCUGUGGUAAAGAAAAAACUGAGUCCACCAGAAUAAAAACAUCUCUUAGGAGCCCAACAGGAGGUGGUGAGAAGAAAAGGUCCUCCAGCAAGAAGGAAAGACAUGCUAAAGAAAAGAGUUAUGUGAAUGCAGACUAUCAUUGUUCAUCGUCAGACAGUGAUGAUGAGGUGAUUGGACAGUACCAGGAGGCAGUGUCUCGGUCACAGGGUCUCCGAGGUGGCUCAGCAGGAGCAAACACACGCCACCAAAAGGGCUAUGGCUGGGACACAAGACAGAAAUACUGCCCCCUAGCGGCUGAGUAUGAUGGCUACAGCAGUGAGGCCUCAGCAGAUGAUGUAAACUGUAUCCAACGAAUGAGACGGACUCCGCCACUGGACGAGCUGCAGCCUCCACCAUAUAUGGACGAAAAUGGUUCACCACGCAUGUCCUGCACACCCUCUGACCUGGAUGAUGCCAAAUGUGACCUUUCCCAUGAGAGCGAGAGCCCCAGACACAGCUAUGGGAAAUGUCCGAGUGAGGUCAGCGGACCACAGGAAACUGAGAGUUUCCUCAACAAGGGCUUUGAAGAAGACGUACCCAGCGACAGCACUGCUGUACUCAGCCCAGAGGAUCUCUCUGCACGUGGCUCAGCUGCUCAUCUUCCCAAAGUUUAUGACCCCGAGCCUCUCGCUCAGUAUGGUACUCUCGAUGUUGUCUUUGACUACGAUUCGUCUGACCAGCGUCUGUCUGUCACAGUAACUGCACUUACGGACAUUCCUCCACUCAAACGCUCGGGGAACAUCUCCUGGCAGGUGCAUCUGGUGCUGCUGCCCACCAAAAAACAGAGGGCAAAAACCAUCAUCCAACGUGACCCCUGUCCUGUCUUCACAGAGACAUUUCACUUCAGCCAUAUCGAGUCAGAAAUGAUCGUGAAUUAUGCCGUUCGGUUCCGUUUGUACAGCGUGCGCAGGAUGAAGAAGGAGAAAGCUCUCGGAGAGAAGGUGUUCUACCUCACCAAACUCAACCUGCAGGGCAAGAUGUCUGUCCCCAUCAUACUGGACCCCUGCUGCAACAUACCAGGCAGUGACUCUCAGGCAAGCGUGUCAGACGUGUCAUGCAGUGAAACAGCCUCUUCGUUCCCGUCUGCAGUUCAAGGCUCAGCUCCAGAGAUCCUGCUGGGGCUUUUGUACAACGCCACUACCGGACGCCUCUCUGUGGAGGUCAUCAAAGGAAGCCACUUCAAAAACCUGGCCGCAAACAAACCUCCCAACGGUUUGUUCUGUUGUCUAAAGCACUUGAUAGGUGGGCAGGUGUACAUAAUUCGAGACACAUAUGUGAAGCUGGCUCUACUGAACUCAGUGGGUCAGGAGAUGUCCAAGUGUAAGACCUCCAUUUGCCGUGGCCAACCCAACCCCACCUACAAGGAGACCUUUGUGUUCCAAGUAGCUCUGUUCCAGCUGUCUGACGUCACACUCAUCUUAUCUGUCUAUAACAAGCGAAGCAUGAAACGGAAGGAGAUGAUUGGCUGGAUCUCUCUGGGGCUGAACAGCUCUGGAGAGGAGGAGCUGACACACUGGACUCAGAUGAAAGAAUCAAAGGGACAACAGGUGUGUCGAUGGCACAGUCUUUUGGAGUCGUAGAACAUUUACAAGUAACGGCAAUGAUGUGUGUAAGGUGAGAAAUGGGGCAGGGGACAGAGAGCAGGUCAGGCCCUCGAACGGCCCCAACAUGACAGAGCUGGCCCCCACUACAGUGCAUUAUGAGAAACGUUAUCUGCUCUCCCUCCGAAUUCAUGGAAAUGGGUUGGAGCAAAUGGUGAGAACAGGGUUAGAGAUAUCACACAUUUAAUGGAGGAAACACAAAUGAGGAAGAGUUUUACAUUUCUUUAGAUUUUUUUGACUCAGUGGUUCUAUUUUUGAGAGAGAGAGAGAGAGAGAGAGAGAGAAUGUAUGUAUGUAUGUAUGUAUGUAUGUAUGUAAGGAUGUAAGGAUCAAUGAUCAGGCCAGAGGUUUAAGUGUAAAUGAUCUGCAGAGAUGAGAUGAGACAAGUAAAAUUGACUUGGCUCAGAUUAUUAUUUGUGUCCUGAGAUUAUAUUUUACUCUGACCUGAAAACAGUGCUAGGGUGCAGUUACUAAUGUAUUGGCUAUAUACAGUAUAUCGACAUUUAACAGAUGCAUCUAUAUGGCUUAAAUGGCUAGUUUCCUCAAUAUGUGGUCAGAUUAUCUAGGACUUUUUUCUAAUACAUGAUUUAGUUAAUUAAGUGACUAUCGGAAGGAAAUCCAUUUUCUGAGUAGAAAUCCUGGCUUCACUUACAGCCUGUCAUCUGGUGUUAUAUUUCAACUAUUUUAUUCCUCUUGUUCUGAAUUUAAUACCUAGCAAUUGGGAACACACCAUAAAAUAGACAGAUAAAAAAAGUUUUUUUCUGUUCUCAAUGUAAGGUUACCCCCAAUAUGUGGGGAACUUUAAAUAUUUUCAUUUUGAAAAAGAAUAUCUAUUCAUAGAAUACACCUAAUAAUAAAAAAAUACAAAUAUUAUGUCAUAAAUAGAUAUUUGAUAACUUGAUACAUGUUAAUAUAAAAUAACUAAACACAUUUGAAAAGGUUUACUGUAUGUCUAAAAAACAUGAAUAUCUUUAAUUUGUGAUUGUUUAUAUCAGGUUACCAACUAAUGGUAUAAACCUUUCUUUAUUAUACAAUUUAAAUAUUACAUAAUCAUAAUAUAAUGCCAGUAAUGCAUAUGCAUAUAUAAAAAUAUGCAGUUAUGAUAUAAAAAUUCAGAACAGAAUUUAAGUCUACGCAGUAUAAAUACCAAUAAAAUCAAGAGUUGAUCCUUAAACCAAAAAAGACCACAAAAAUGGGUAAUUCACAAUCAAAUUAUACAAUAUGACCAAUAUUACUGUUAUUGCCACUAUAAGUCAUCAGUAAUAGAGUAAACUCUCCAAAUAGUUGACUUUGGAAUGUCUAGGACAUUGAGUUGGUAACAGCCCAUGCUGUAUUGGAGUGUAUUGAGUAUAUUGGAGUUAUAACGUCAUUCCUUAUGAAGAACAAUGAGAACAUAUCAUCAGCACUCCCUUGGACUUUAGAGUAAUUUCUGUGACAUUUCUGAAUGGUAAGACCUUUAUGAAACCUGAGCAGUUUCCGUUAAGUGGUGAAAUAAGGCUGCAGUGCUAAUUUAGUUCAUAAUAUGAGUUUAUUUGCCAUAAUUCAACAACAGCUGACUGUUACCACUUAGGGUUAAUCUUUUAUAUAAUAUGUGUGUGAUCUUACGAUCCUGAAUGGUCGAGUUUAGUACCUAUGACCAAAACCACAGUACUGUAACACUAGAGAUGGAAAAUGCCAGUGUUCUGCCUGAAUGUCCAGUAGUGGGCCAGUGGUGCAGGUGUGAAUUCAGUGAAACUGUGAGGGUGUUUUGAAUACAUGAUGGUAAUGAGGCUUCUCAGUGCUUUUGCUCUGUCUUUAAAGUGUCCUAAUCUCUGUGCAGUGAACCUGUGAAAUCUGUCUUCUAGUUUAUUUUCCUUUCUUGAGCGAAGGUCAAACUCACUCAGUGAUUGUUUCGUACUGUAAACGGCACAUAAAUUUAGCUGAUCUAUUUUUGUAUCUAUAUCUGAGAAAAUGGACUAAAAAAAAACACUUUCUUGGUAAAUGUAUGAAGCUCUGUGAGCAGUAUGGAGUUGUAGACUUUGUUCUACUUUCACAGUUCCAAUGACAUUGUUUUCUCUAUGGAUAGAGUUUUAUUUGUGAAUGUCACUCAAUGUGCUUUCAAAAUAUGACAAGAUAAAUGUAAAAAAAAAAAAAAUAAUAAUAAUAAAAAAAACCUUCAACUGUUUUUUUCUUGUUAUAGUCAUGCAGGUGAAAAAGAAACUGAUAGAAAAUAGUAUAAUGUAAGUAUAGAUAGCAGGAAUUAAAGUAAUCUGGGACAAUGGAUAAUUUGGGAACUUUAAGCUCUGUUGUGUACAUUUCUUGCACAUUUGUUAACAUUUCCAUAUUCUAGAUGGGUUGUCAUGUGAUAAAGUCUUAUUUGUUGGUCUGAAGUGUUGGGGUGACAAUCACAGUAAAUUGCAAAAGUCAAAAGUGCAAAAAUGAUGUCUCAGAUUAUCCUAAAGUGUGUGAUGAAAAGAGUGGUGUAGGUUUGGUGUAAUGUUAUAUGCUAUUAUUUCUAUUCUGAGCUAUUAUCAUGUCACCAUUUUAGCUGAUGAUGUGUGAACCAGUUUUUACUCCCUUCGAUUAAAAAAAAAAGAAAAGAAAAAUGUCAAGAACUGCAGGUAGCCCAGCUGUUUGAGCUGGUAUGUUUUGAACUGUAAGUUUACUAUUAAGCACAUAUUAGGGCACAUAAUGGAGUUAUGAAACACAUCUUGUGAAAGAGUCUUAAAGAGCUGGCACUGGACAAAAUCCCCCUUACUGACAUUAAGCAAUCUCACCCUAACUCCACCUCUAUCAGUCCGUCCGAGUUUGACACAAUCACAAUCCCUCAUCUUUCACAAAACACACAGCUUUUUCUGUCAUGUUCUUGGUUUCAUUUUGGCAAACGGAGUAAAAUAGUAUGACGUAAUAAGCACAAUGUUAAAAUGUAAGAUGUUUAAUGCAUUAUGACUAGAAUACAGCUGUCACAAAAUGACAUAGAGCAGCUGUUAUGUCUCUUUUCUGACAGUUUUAUGAGGGGCUUGUUUUACUUUUGUGUCAUGCAGAUAUGACCUCCAAAUUAUUUUCUCACUAUAAUUCAGAAUCUGUCUGUUGCUAACUCAAUUAAAUAAGCUGGUUAUAUGGUGCUGCCAGCCUGCAAUCCAUAAGGCACAUCACACCUUAAAGAUUCUGACCAGCCCAUCUGUAUGGAUUAAGGGUUCUUAUGCCUUGACUAUGGAGCUCUUUAAAAGAGUAGUUCACCCAAAUAUUUUGUGGCCAUUUCUUCCAACUCCAUAUAAUUUUCUUUCUUUCAUGCAACACAAAAUAAGAUGUUAGUCAGAAUGUCUGAGCUGCUCUUUUGCAGAAAGUACGGCCUACAUUUUGGUCUGCUCCUCACACAAGCUAUCAUAUGGCAUCAAAAGACUUGAAAUAUUGCACACGAGUGAUAUGGAUGACUUUAUGGUGCUUUUAUGUGUUAUGGAGCUUGACAGUCAUAAUUAUGAUUCUCUGAUAUUGUGUUAAACGGAUGAAAAAGCCAUACUGGUUUGUAAUGGCGAUGGUGAGUAAAUUAUGAUACAUUUUAAUUUUUAGGUGAGCUAUUAUAUAUAAACAUUGUUCCUGCAAGUAGUAUCACUUUUUAUUUGUUCUAUUUUUGGAUGUUUUGCAAGUAUAUACUAUAGGCAUAAUUAAAAUGUCAUAUAUUUAUGCAGUACAAAUUAUACAGAAAAUAACAGAACAAUGGAGGCAUAGUGACAAAAAGGUUUUUUUCACUGAAGAAAGCAUACAGUUUUCAUUGUAUUUUUUAAAUAAAAUGUUUUCAUAACAUGAAGUUAAAAGAAAGUGCAGUUAAUGUUUUAAAAAAAUUGAAAACCACUGAGCUAGGCAGUAUAAAUCUCUAUCCAUUUUUGUUGCAUGGAAAAGAGCAGCUCUGACAAUUCUACAUUUCCAACAUUUAAGUUUGUGUUUCAUUAAUUAAUAUGGGGAAGGAACUAGAUGAAUGUGAAUUAUGAAAAAUUUCCUUAAACCCACUCUAAGUUCAGAACUCUUUUAAGCCAAAUCCACACACGUAAAUUUUUGGUUGAAAAUGCAUUAAUUUUGCUUCAUUUAUGCCUGUCAUCCACACUGGAACAAGAUUUUCCUCCACCGACCAUGGACAUUUUCGACAACACUCUCUAGUGCAGCACACAGUACUUCGAAGGAAAUCGAUGAUGUUAAAAAAUUCAAAACAAGUUUUCUCAACUGAAAAUGUUAGUGUAGAUACUGUAUAGUCUCAGCCUUAGAUGGCAUGCCCACAGUCCAUGCUCUAACAUCUGAUGCACAUAGCACACAAUAUUGGAAAACGCUUAUUGAAGUUAAUCAGUCCUAAUCUGAUUGGCUGGUUUGAUGGAACAUCCUUGAGCAGAAGCACACAGGACUUUUUAUCAGUCCACCUAGAAAAAGAGUCGUGUUUACAAGCUUCCGCAUUGAUACAAUGAGUGCUUUUGAGGAAAAAAUGAUCACCAGCUUUGCCCAAGUUUGCCAGGUUAGUGAAAAAUAUUUUAAAGCUAUUCAGAGUUUCGUUUAAGGCAUGUUGCAGAAAGUAAAGUGGAAAUCCACGAGCAGAGCUGCAUAUUUUGCUUUGUUUAUUUAGUUUUUUUCUUGAAAUUCUAUGUGAUGAGGUUUUCUGUGCUAUACUUUGACUUUCUACACAUUUUCUGCUAUUUUUCUGUGUGUUUUCUGUUUACCUUCUUUUAUUAUGGCAUCAUAUAUUUAAGAUAACCCCGUCCCUAAACCGCACAUAAUGGCAAAACCGACUGUGAUUGAUUGCUUUACCUGUCAGUUAGAUGGUUGUUCAUGUCUAUGUGGGUGGUUCUUGGCCAAUCUAAGCUGCUAUAUGGUUCAGACCAUUACCUUUUAAGUGAAAGGUCUGGCUAUGCGAGACUGGUGUGGACGUGACCUCAGCUACAAUUCUACAUUUCUAGUUCUAGAACUCUCAAACUUCUUUAGUCUGAACAAACACUGGUAUGCAAAGCAAAUGCUCUGCAGAUUUGAUUUAGGUAUCUUAUGGAUGGUCGUUUCUCAACAGCUUGACAGAUGAAACAGCAUUUUCUCUUAUAAUGUUAAAUGUGUGUGAACGACUCCUACCAGUGCCUGAAAAAGCUCUUUGCUUUCACAGAUCCUCUACCAUAAGGUUUUCAGCUCUGCAGUGGUCUGUGUGAGAGAAGAUAUUGAAAUUUAGACAACAGCGCUGGUCAUUUGAAGAUCAACCCAUCUUAUUCUGAACUCAGUGACAGGGGUUCUGUUUUGUUUACAGAACAAAUAAACACCAGCAUAAAAAUCAUGAGAUGUUUUAGGAUUGAUUGUACAAGAAGCAUAGCACACUUCUUCUGUGCUCUCUCUCUCUCUCUCUCUCUCUCUCUCUCUCUCUCUCUCUCUCUCUCUGUCCCAACAUGAUUCAGGUCCAGCAUGCCAUUGACACCUUCACAAGGUGUGUUCCAACCUUACCAGUUUUAAACAUUUAUAAAUGUUCCGACGAACAUUGUGUAUCUGUUUAUAUUUCCUAUUAUUUUGAUUCUGCUGUUUACUUAUUGUUUUGUUUUAUUCUCAAAAAGCAUUUAAUGAAUUGCCUAUACCCACCGAUUCUGUCGGUGCCUUACUUUUCUCUGGAGAGCUUUUUAUGAUGUUUUUGAAACGUUGUUGCAGCGUUCCUACAGCAAUGUUGUGUCACCUUCUGUAUUCAUACAGUACUUCUGUACAACUGCAGUAAUUUGAUUUGUAAAUUAAUCUUACAAAAUUAUUCAUUAAAAAAGAUACAUUUGUAUGUGAUUCUGUUUUGAAAAGAAACACUUCUGUUAAUUGUCUUUGUCUGCCUGUUUUUAUUUGAUCAGAGAAGAGUGUGAGAUUGUU